AUGUGGAGACAAGGUCGAUCAGAGAGAUCGAGGGGUGAAAACUCUCGUCAAGAUCGAAGGGGCUUACAAACGGAGGAAGAGAUAAUCAAAGUACCUGAUUUCGACUUCUCAGACUUGGUGGAGAAAUACAAGCUAUCCUUGGUUGGUCGGAUGUUUCACAUUGACGGAAAAAGUGUGGAUGCCCUAAUAACCCACAUGCCAAAACGAAGAAUUUGGGAUGUGGAAGGUAGAGUUCGUGGGAUAAAUCUGAGAAAUAAUAAGUGUCAAUUCGACUUCGAUAAAGAAGAAGAUCUCCAGAAGGUGCUUCAUCGCAGACCUUGCCAUUUCAAUAAAUGGAGUUUCUCACUAGAGAGAUGGAUCCCUACUAUCAAAGAAGACUACCCAAACUCAAUGCUUCUCUGGGUAACGAUCACGGGUGUUCCUACACACUACAAGAAAGAUGAAUCUUAUAGAAGCAUUGGGAAAGCUCUGGGAGAAGUUGAUACAGUGGAUGUUACUAACGGGAGAGUCGGAGUUCAAAUCAACGUCGAUGAGCCUCUUCAAUUUGAAAGAAAAGCAGGAUACGCUAAUGGAGAUGUAGUGACGGUGAUUCUGAAGUAUGAAGAACUACACAGAUUAUGUUUUACAUGCAAACGCAUAUCGCAUGAGGAAGGCACAUGCCCUAACUAUCUCCAGAACAAAGAGAAAAGAACCGAGUUUCAAGACUGGAGAAGAAGGAGAAGGUAG